AUGGAUGAUCACGAGAACCAUACUAGCAAGGUCGACGAGGUGAAGCAUGCGGAAUAUUCACGAGCUGUGUGCCCAUCUUGUUUCGACCUCAACGCUGCUCUCAUAGAUCCAGCCAGUGAUGACGUCAAACUUGAUCAGAACGAAUUCGUACUGUCGAUACGUCGCAACGAUGCACAGCUCAGGCGAGCGGCGGCUAGCGGUUGUGAAAGUUGCGCUGUCAUGAUCAAAGCUCUUGAAUACUAUAGCCUGAUUCCCCCAGCGUCGUCCCCUGUUGCUCACGAUGCAACUGAAAACUCCAACCUUCUGGGUCAAAGUCAUAAUGAAAGUGUACGACUCAAACUACGGCUUCCAAUCAGUCAGGGAAACCCAGAGAUAUUGCUUAGCAGUCCUGGUCUACCACAAAGAUUGCUUCAGUUCUACACCGACGAGGGCCAAGGACGAUCAUGGAAGACAAUUAUGCCCAUGUCAGAUAUUUGCAAUGAUAACCUAUCAAGACAAGGACUUGUUUUCAUUAACGCUUGUUUGAGGUUGUGCCAGGAGCAUCAUUCGCACUGCAAACAAGACGACCCCAGUAUGCCAACGCGUGUUUUGGAUAUCGGAACCGGUGACAAUACUAAAGUGCGUCUCAUCGAUACAAGACACAUUAAAACCGCAAAGUACACAGCACUAAGUUAUUGUUGGGGUAAGGAUCCUUCCAUCAAGACUAUAACUGAGAACCUGGAGGACGUGAAGUCUGGAAUUGCUCUUGAGAAAUUACCUGCAGCAUAUGUGGACGCAAUAGCGCUGACCAGACAGCUUGGUACGAGGUACAUCUGGAUAGACGCAUUGUGCAUAAUCCAAGACUCAAAAAGAGACUGGGAAAUCGAAUGCUCCAAGAUGGCCGACACCUACACAAACGCCUAUAUUACCAUUGGCGCUGCAUCUUCGUCAUCUGUGACGAAUCAUUUCCUAAAACCGCAACUCCGUCCGCCAACACAGAUGUCACACCGCAAACCAGAAGUUGUCACAUCGGUUUUGUCAGGCAGCCGUGGCGAGGAGCAGGUCUCAGUUAAGGCGAGGCUUAUGCAGGCAACCGGUGCCCACUGGUUGUGGCAAGACACGCGCAACGAUGAGCAGCCACUCAUAGAACCUCUCACACAGCGAGGCUGGACUUUGCAGGAGAAAGUCCUUUCAACGCGGUUUCUUUCGAUCUCUUUUAUGGAGAUGGUCUGGACCUGUAAAGAACAGAUAUUCUGCGAGUGCGGGUCAAGACUGAAUCAUCAACGCGAGUUUGGUGGUACCCCGCUGAGUCAGAUUUCACAACGCGAUGAAGCCUUCAACUUUUGGCACAAGAUUGUCGAAAACUACUCCAAGAGGAAGCUGACGAAAUCUGAUGAUCGACUUCCCGCGAUAUCGGCUAUAGCGGCUAUAGUGCAGAAGAAGAUAAGGUCAGAGUAUAUCGCCGGACUAUGGGCCGAUAAUAUUGAGCUUGAUCUUUUGUGGCGCCGAGCAGAACCAACAAGGGCGCACGCAGCCAGCUCGUGUUACAUUGCGCCAAGCUUCAGCUGGGCUUCAAUCACGGGUGAAAUCGAUUACAUGUGUUUCAGGAAUGGAAAAUGGCCUUAUGAGAAAGUGACAAUGGUUAUUGGGGUCACUUCAGAGACCGGACCUGAUGCACCGCUUGGGAGAGUCACUAGAAGCAAGCUUGUCUUACAAGGCCCAAUAUCUAAGGGAUAUGUCGAGCGACAGGAUUCACAUGGUUGGUUCAUCGUACGUGUUGGAAAGGCGCAUUCCAAGCUCCGCUACUAUUUUGUCUAG